AAUCAAAAAUAUCUUAGCAGAACCGUCCACAUAAGCAGCUGAUUAUUAAGUACCGUAGAUAUUUAUUUAUUACGUGCACUUUUUGCCCCUCUUCUCCUUCCUUUCUCACUUGUUUAUUUCUUCUUUCAUCCAAACACCCCUUUACUUUCUCUCUCUACAAAUUAUUAAAAAUUAAUCAAUCAUCCUUUUUUCCUAUUUUUAUUUUUAUUUUUAUUUAAUUUUUUUCAAUUUUUUUUUUUUAAUCAUGGGAGAAGUUAACGGCGACUACGACGGCAGACUGUACAUCGCCGGCGAAGAAGAAGAAGACGACGAAAAAGUUCACGAGUGGGAAUUAGGUUUACCUAACUUUGCCGACAUAGCGCCGUUAACUCAAGGCUUAAUUCCAAUCGAACUUUUAUCGGCGUUCAACAUCAAGCCGGAACCCUACCGGACCUCCGGCGAAGUCACCCAAGCUUCCGAGGACACUCUCUCCAUCCUCUGCGGCGCCAAUUACAAGGAUUUCUGCGAGGAAAACAACGACGAUGAGUCAGGGACGAAGAAGCAACGGAGGACUGAUUCGCCGGAAGAUGCUGAUUCUGCGGCGGCGGAGGUCGCCGCGGAUGCGGCGAUGUGCGGCGUCGGAAACGGCGGCGGCCGGGAGAAGGCGGUGAAGAGGUCGAGAUUGGUGUGGACGCCGCAAUUGCAUAAGAGAUUUGUUGAUGUGGUUGGACAUUUAGGGAUUAAAAAUGCGGUACCAAAGACGAUCAUGCAGUUGAUGAAUGUAGAAGGUCUGACUAGGGAGAAUGUUGCGAGUCAUUUACAGAAAUAUCGGCUUUAUCUGAAGAGGAUGCGAGGUGAUUCGUUCGACGGCGGGUCGAAUUCGUCGUCGGAGAACGGAAAUGGGAAUUCGGAUUCGGUACCGGUGAUGCCGAUGAUGGGAAUGGGGAUGACAGGGAUGGGGAAUUACAAUGGGUUUGAGAAGAAUCAGAAUAAUUAUAAUUAUAGUCAGAAUCAUAAUCAUAAUCAUAAUAAUAAUAGUAAUAAUCAGAAUAAUUAUAAUCAGUUUAGUAAUGGUGGGAAUGGGAUGAUGAUGCAAUCAGGGAAUAAGUAUGGUUCUAUGGUUUCUUAUCAUCAAUCUCCUACUGUUGGUCCUGGUAAUAACUGAAGAUGGAGCUGAUCUUGGAUCUUCUCUGUUAUAUUUUUAUCACAAAGAUGUAUUGUCAGUAAGAUAGUGCAAGUCAGUCUGAAAUAGUGAUGAAAUCUCACACUUGUACAAAAUUUUGGAAAUAGGUGGGUAUCUAUCUAUCUGUCUUGGUUAGGUAUUCCUUUAUGUAGUAAGUUUAUACUUGUUGCACAUGGAGGCUUUUAUACUGAUCAAGAAAUUGAUGUGGUUGAAUCGAGAGUGGGGAUUAACUUAGUAUCUUUGGUCUUGAGUGUUUUGUUUCGAAUUGUCUUGUGUUUUAGAAAUCAUUAUGGGUUGUAUGUUAAUGCGAGAGUUGAUCUGAAAGUAUAUAUCAUGCAGCAUGAUUGUCCAUCUUAUUUUUGCUAUUGGAUAGGUUAUUUUCCUUGUGCUAACGAGAGGGACACAGCCCCAAAACAAUAAACAGUUUUUGAUUAGAUUAUGCUUUGUAUC